AUGGCAACAGGGCGAAGAAAAACAGAAAAACUGGCGAUGGAAUGGAAGAGAACGAAAACGUAUGUUAGUUACAUUCGUUGGUGCAAUACCGGAACAAGAAAUCCCAACCAUUACAAAUACUGAAGUUUAUAUCGGUCCUUGGAUCAAAUAUCAACCGGACAGCACUAUACAUGAUUUCAAGAACUUUCAUUUAGUGGAGAAUAAUAUGUCGAUCGAAAUUGGCCAAAAUGGUUUAUAUAUAAUUUCUGUUCAGAUUUUUUACAAAAACAUGGAGAAUAAUUCUUACUGGAUACUAUUAAAUUCUCUAAAUUCAUCAACAAAAAAAAAACUCGUGACAUGUAGCACUCAUUCAGAUAAGAUAGCAGAAGUGUCCUGUUACACAAGCAUAAUUGCAUAUCUACGAAAAGGCAAUAGAUUAUCUUUACAGCAAAUAGAAUCGAACAGAUUGAUCAAUUUGCGAGUUGGAUAUAGUUACAUACAGCUUACACGGCUUGAUAACAAAUGCUCAUGAAUUAUAAAAUAAGAGUAAAUAUAUUUUAAGUUAAAGAACUAAUAAUAUAGAAAUAACAUAGAAUAAUAAUAAUAUUUUAAUUAAAAGAACGAUACCAUUUAUAAUGGUAUAUAAAUGGUAAAUCGAGCGUUGUGAUUCAUAGGAUUAGAAUCUUUGCUAAACUUAAUGAAAAAUUAAGAUAUAAAUUGUACUCUUAAUUCUUUAAUCUAUGAGAUAAUGAAUAGCUUAAGAUACAUAUUAGAAUGCAUGUGAUACCGUGAUGUUACUAUUAUAUUUCACGAAGUAACAUAUUGACACAUAUAUGUAAAUCAGCAUUAUUUACAUUAUAAUAAUUAGAAGCCAUAAUUACAAGAAUAUAGUAAGAUGUAAUAAGUUAUUUAUUUAGAAAAGUUCAAAGUAAGAGUCCAAUUUAAAACAGAGGAAAAAGAUAGCAGAAUCAAUCACAUAUCUAUAAUAAUAAUUACAAUUGACUUUCUCUCAGGUUCUAUUUCAUAAGCACUAUACUCAUUUUUUAAUAUUUCCUAAAUGGACAAAUAUGUCCCAAGAUUUUAUGGAGAAUGUAUAAUGAAUAAUCAUGAUAAUCAGAGAGUUGUGUAUAUCUUUAAAUGAUUGUGUAUAAAUUACAAAA